AAUGAGAGAGAGCCUACUGAUGUAGAAUUAGCAAUUCAAGCAAUCAUCUCUGUGCUCGGAAACCAUGGCCGAGAGAUGGACGAACACGGCUCUGCUCGUUAUCGAUAUGCAGAACGAUUUCAUAGAGGAAGGUUCUGUUAUGCAAGUGAAAGGUGGGAAAUCUAUAGUUGCUAAUGUUAUCGGAGUCGUAGAACUCGCAAGGCAGCGUGGAAUCCUCGUGAUUUGGGUUGUUAGGGAACAUGAUCCUCAAGGAAGAGAUGUUGAAAUAUUCAGACGCCAUCACUAUAAUUCUGAGAAAGUCGGGCCAACUGUUAAAGGCACCGUAGGUGCAAGAUUGGUAGAUGGACUGAUCAUUAGAGAAGAAGAAGACUAUAAGAUAGUUAAAACCCGUUUCAGCGCUUUCUUUGGAACCAAUCUUCAUUCCUUCUUGCAAACUUCUGGUGUCAGCAAGUUAGUGAUUGCUGGUGUUCAAACACCGAAUUGUAUCCGGCAAACGGUUUUUGAUGCAGUGGAGCUGGAUUAUCCAAAUGUGACUGUUAUCACAGAUGCCACUGCGGCUGCAACACCAGAGAUCCAUACCGCGAAUAUUCUUGACAUGAAGAAUAUAGGAGUCAAGACUCCUACUUUAGACGAGUGGUCCGAAGAAUCUGCUUGAGAUCAUUCGAAUCACAUAUAUUGUAUCAUCCUAAACCUUUCUUCUAAUCUUUUUCUUGUUUGUAUAUGUAAUGAAGAAAGAAACUCAAGAAAUAAAAUAUCAUGUUGUUGUAAGUUAGAACAUCUCCUCCUUGCUGUAUUCAUUUCUUUGUAUCCCGUCCAAAAAACUAAAUUAUUACAUUUACUAUAAUGUGAAAAUUAUCAUUGGACUCCGAA